AUGGUAGGUUUGUCCUCUACAAUUCAAUUGUCUUCUGUUUAGUCCACUAUCUCGAAGAGACCAGCAGGCACAGUUCAUUCUAAAAAACAAUCAGACUUCGCAUCAAGGCCAAACGCUGCUGCCGAGGUUCUGCACCUCCUAUAAUCUAUAUGAAUAUUCUAAUUUUUUAGACGCAGGAAAUUAAAGAUGCGUUUGACCUGUUUGAUGUGGAUAAAACUGGUUUUAUCGACACUAAGGACCUAAAAGUUGCCAUGCGAGCACUUGGUUUUGAGCCGAAGAAAGAGGAGAUUAAGAGACUAAUUUCCGAAUACGAUCCCGAGGCUAAAGGUUCCCCACGCUAACUCAGCCUUAACAGAUCCAAUAGGUCAGCUAGCGUAUGCAGAUUUUCAUCGAAUGAUGUCAGUAAAGAUGCAAGAUAAAGAUGCCCGAGAAGAAGUCCUAAAAGCUUUUCAUCUGUUUGACGAUGAUGAGACAGGGAAGAUAUCCUUCAAAAACCUCAAGCGUGUUGCCAAGGAAUUGGGUGAGAAUCUGACCGACGAAGAGUUGCAGGUACUUCAAAUACUUUUCACAACUUCCAGGAAAUGAUCGAUGAAGCCGAUCGCGAUGGUGAUGGCGAAGUUAACGAGGAGGAAUUUUUGCGGAUAA